GUCAACAUAAACACACAAAUUUAAUGUCAACAAUUUUGUGGGUGUUAAAUAGCCGAUUAUUAAAAUAAUUUUCUUUUUUUGAUUCCGUAAUAAAAUUAAAUUAAAAAUAAUGUCGGCAUUUUAUCUCAAAAACGAACAACGUGAACAUCUUAAGCUUGUACGUGAAAAAUCGCCCGAAGAUGUUGUAGAACUAUGCAAGUCUGCCUUCGAAUAUUUAACAAAUGGUCCAAACAGCACCAAGUACGAUUUGUUGGCCAAAAAGCACUCAACCUCCGCAGAGAAAGUACGUGCAUCGAUCGAAGCUCUUAUAUGCCUCCUUAUUGAUGCAACCAAAGCAAAUGUAACCGAUGAAGACUUUGACAAUUUGAGAAAGGACGGAUUUUCUUCUGAUCAUGUUGCGAUUUUAAUGCAAUUCGUCACAAGCAAAAGAUCUUUUGUUGAGAGUUCAAUAAAAUGGGCCAAUAUAAAAGCAUAUCGCUUGAUAAAUUUAGAAUGGAGACUUGAAGUAAAAAUAUCAUCGAGGAGUUUGUUAAAUCAGAAUACAGUUAUGGUAACAAUGAAGCUUAAUUUACACACAGAACCUAAAAGUGAAAAUCGCGAAUUGAUAAACUUUGAAGACAGUAAAAUAGUUCAUGAGAAUGAGGCGAAAAAUCGAAAGGAUAUUAUAGUCCAAACAGAUAUUAAUAAUCUUUUGCAUAUUAUUGAUGUAUUGGAACAUGCUAUGCUGGAAUCGAAGAGCCGACGCAUCAGGAAUCUCGCUGGAGCAAUUCAUUAGAGAAGAUACAUUCCAAAGCGUAUUAUACAUAUUUUCUUAGUUUUAGUUUUUAAAAUUGUUGAAAUAGACGUAGUUAAGAUAAAUAAAUAAUUGAAAAUAAGUUUUAUUUAA